GCAAGGCAAUUUCCAGGAAAAAAGAAAGAUGAAUAGACAACAGAGACACAAAUAUUAUUGGUGAGAGUGGGAGGAAAAAGCUCAUUAAUGCUAACGAAACUUCGUUGAAAGCAAAAUAAAUGAGCAUAUAGAGGCUUUUAAGAAAUGGAAUGAAGCCACAUUUCAUAAAGUGAACAUUCCAAAUCUUGAUUUUCUUGAUUUUUAUUUUCUUCUCUUUAAUCUGCUUAAUCAUUAAGAGAGAAGACAAACAGACAUGGAGAAUGGUCACGAAAAACAAACAUCAGGAUCUGAGAAACGUAGAACCAUUCAUGACUGUGCUCAGUUGGGGGAUAUUGAUGGAUUUCAGAAGCUACUUCAGGAUGAUCCAUCGCUUCUCAAUGAAAGAAACCCAUUUAUUUUCGAGACACCCCUUCAUGUCUCUGCUUUUAACAACAAGACUGAAAUAGUGAAAUUUCUGCUUGAAUGGAAAGGAGAUGAUAAAAUUGACCUGGAAGGGAAAAAUAUCUAUGGAGAAACUCCGUUGCAUUUAGCAGCAAAGAAUGGGUGUAAUGAAGCUGCCCAACUACUUCUUGCUCAUGGUGCUCUAAUUGAAGCCAAAACUAAGUAUGGAGUGACGCCACUAAAUCUUUCUGUGUGUUACUCAAUUCGAUCUGAAGACAUUUCACUUGUGGAGACAUUGCUCGAGAAUAGUGCAGAUUGUGAUGCUACAGAUGAUGAGGGCCUGAAUCCUGUAGAUCAUCUUUCAAAAAUCCAAGAAAGUGGGAAGUUGCGUGAUUUAUUAGUCUCUCGUCAACAAGAGCAACGAAAGAAAAAGUUUCUUGAAUCAUGCAAGAAUCAAAAAGAAAAGAUGGCUGCCCUCGAAAAAGAGCUCACAAAUAUUGUGGGGCUGGAUGAACUCAAGCUGCAACUUCGGAAAUGGGCAAAGGGCAUUCUUUUGAAUGAGAGGCGCAAGGCCAUUGGACUGGCAAUCGGCACUGCUGGAAAACUUCCGCACAUGGCUUUUCUAGGAAAUCCUGGAACAGGUAAGACUAUGGUGGCUCGAGUCCUUGGAAGACUACUCCAUAGUGUGGGACUUUUGGAAAGUGAUAAUGUAAAAGAAGUUCAACGGACAGAUUUAGUCGGUGAAUAUGUUGGUUCGACUGGAUAUAAAACUAGGAAGAAGAUUGAAGAAGCCAAAGGAGGUAUUCUUUUUGUUGAUGAAGCAUACCGAUUAGUGCCGGAGGACGGUAGUCCUUGUGACUUUGGAAUUGAAGCCUUAGAAGAGAUAAUGUCUUGUAUGGACGAUGGAAAAGUUUUAGUCAUAUUUGCUGGAUACAAUGAAGCAAUGCAACGUGUAAUAUCUUCUAAUGAAGGUUUCAGCCGACGGGUUACAAAAAUUUUCAAGUUCGAAGAUCUGAGUUGUGAAAAUUUAGCUAAUGUUCUCCAUAUCAAGAUGAAUAAUCAAGCCAAGGAUAGCUUGUUAUAUGGGUUUAAAUUGCAUCCUUCUUGUAGUGUAGAUGUCAUUGCUGAGCUAUUAAAAAGAGUAACAACAGAAAAACAGCGUAUGAAAAUGAAUGGAGGCUUAGUGGAUAUAAUGCUGAAUAAUGCUAAAGGGAAUCUGGAUCUUAGGAUUGAUGAUGAUUGUGCAGAGAGAGAAGAAUUGCUUACUAUCAAAUUAGAGGAUUUUGAAGCAGCCGCUAAACUUUUACCCCUCUGUUAGGUUUUUGUAUGCUAUUUCCUUUCAGGGUUAUGCAUUUAUAAUUGUAAUAAUUUGAAUAUUGAUAAUCAAUUAUGUGUUAUUAUAUAAUUAAA